UUUCUUAAAGAUAUAAUUCAUAUAAUGUCUGGAAAAGAGAUUUACUCUGAGGUGAAGAACUCGAGAGACUUUACAGAAAAAGUAGUUUUAGUGACCGGUAGUAGUGGUGGUAUCGGCGAAGCGAUCGCCAAACUAUACUCGGCUUUAGGCGCGAGUGUUGUCAUCACCGGUAGGCGUGAGGAUGGCGUCAAACGGGUGGCCAAAGAGUGUCAAGAAUUGUCGCCUCAAAAAUUAAAAGCUUUGGAAAUACCGGCAGAUUUGUCAAAGGAUGGCGAAGCGGAG